CCUGAGCGUAGGGCCGGCUCGCUGCUGCCGCCAUGUUCCUGGAGGAGGCAGCAGCCGGCCGGAGCGCCCCACUCCGGCCGUCCCCUGGCCUCCUUGCCCGUCCCCUCCGAAAAGCAGUCCAUCGGAGCCCCGAGCGGAGGCGUCGGCCUCCUCUCUCCUCUGCUCCCCUGGAGUUACCUUCUCUGCUCUCUCAGCGCAGGGAGAUCCAGCUCAUACGGUGGGGGCUGUGUCGAAGCAGGAGCGAGCCGCCAUCUUGAUAACUGAACUUCACUGAAGAUGUCUAAGCAGCAGCCUGCUCAGUUCACAAAUCCAGAAACUCCUGGCUAUGUUGGAUUUGCAAAUCUUCCGAAUCAAGUCCACCGAAAGUCCGUGAAAAAGGGUUUUGAGUUCACUCUGAUGGUGGUUGGGGAGUCCGGCUUGGGAAAGUCUACGCUGAUCAAUAGCCUCUUCUUGACUGAUCUGUACCCCGAAAGGGUCAUUCCGGGGGCAGCAGAGAAAAUAGAAAGGACUGUGCAGAUUGAGGCCUCCACGGUGGAGAUCGAGGAGAGAGGGGUCAAGCUCCGUCUCACAGUUGUAGACACGCCGGGCUACGGGGAUGCGAUUAACUGCCGAGACUGUUUUAAGACCAUCAUCUCCUACAUCGACGAGCAGUUCGAACGGUAUCUGCACGAUGAAAGCGGCUUGAACCGGAGACACAUCAUAGACAACCGGGUGCACUGCUGCUUCUACUUCAUUUCACCUUUUGGACACGGGCUCAAACCGUUAGAUGUUGAGUUUAUGAAAGCAAUCCACAAUAAAGUGAAUAUCGUGCCCGUCAUCGCAAAAGCUGAUACUCUCACCCUGAAGGAGCGGGAGCGAUUGAAGAAGAGGGUCCUGGAUGAAAUCGAAGAGCACGGCAUCAAGAUUUAUCAUUUGCCCGAUGCCGAGUCCGACGAGGACGAGGACUUCAAAGAACAGACCAGACUUCUGAAGGCCAGUAUUCCGUUUUCAGUGGUGGGAUCCAAUCAGCUGAUUGAAGCCAAAGGCAAGAAGGUUCGAGGCCGGCUUUACCCUUGGGGAGUCGUGGAGGUGGAGAAUCCAGAACAUAAUGACUUUCUCAAGCUGAGAACGAUGCUGAUCACUCACAUGCAGGAUCUCCAGGAGGUGACCCAGGAUCUUCACUACGAGAACUUCCGCUCAGAAAGACUCAAGAGAGGCGGCAGAAAAGUGGAAAACGAGGAAGUGAAUCGAGACCAAAUCUUGCUGGAAAAGGAAGCAGAACUUCGUCGUAUGCAGGAGAUGAUCGCGAGGAUGCAGGCUCAGAUGCAAAUGCAGAUGCAAGGAGGAGAUGGGGAUAUCGUCAUGCACGGGCACCAGGCUUAAGAGCCUCACUUACAGAGAAGAAAAAAGAACAUUCCAGUGUGUUUUUUCAUGAAAUCACCGAAAGGAAGUCGGCCUUCUUUCUGCAGUGCCUGUGGCCUGAAACUGUUGCUCACCAUUUUUACCCAAGGCUCGGUUGGGGUGCCUUCUGUAAUACGGACCUUGUAGCAUGUAUUUUAUUGAUAGUUUGUCCUUUCCCGUAACAUGUCUGUUCCUACAUAACUACUGUUAGGGAGAAUUGGUUUUCUAGGCCUACGCCGUGAACUCGUUCCGGAUUCGUAUGGCCUGGGCCUUUCUGUCUGGGCAGCACCGUGGCGGAGUCUCAUGGGAGCCAGUUCUCCUUAUUCAUCCAGACCUCUCUCACUAGGACCCCUGGGUAGGGUGAGGACUUUGAGAGUCCUCCUCUGGUAUACACGAGUGUGUAACACCCAGUACCCAGUUUUGCUGCUGCCCGUUGGGGUGCAUUUGUUAACACAUCCAUAUAGUAACCAGCAUCACCGGUUUGAAAUCACAAAGAGGAAUAUGUACCUUUAAAUAAUUCAUAUUAAAAUGUAACCUUUGGUUUCUAAACAACAAGGGGAAAGCGGAGAACCCCUAUUAUUUUUAAAACUUUUUUAAACAGACCUUUUUCUAGUAAGAUCCCCAAAGCACGUGCUUUUAAAAUAGGCUGGCCUCAUCCCCUAUACUGUCCCCCAGAAAAGGAGGGCAGCGUUUGGGGCUCGGGCUAGCUGGCAAAGAACACUCCUCCUGGCUUCAGACAAGAAGUACUCCUAAGUCUGAGAUGCCGGCACCUGUUAUUUUGAAUACAGGUUUCCACUAUUUUGUAAAAGGGCUAUUUUGAAGACCAGCCUAAACAGGCGGGCUUUAUGUCGGUCUGCGUGUUCGACAAGAGGCUGGAUCCGCGAGGCUCCCUUGGGUCCCCCUUGCCUCUGUUCUCUGGCAGCGUGGGCAUGGUGGCAGGGUUUUUAAGUCUGGUGCCAUCUUCCCCCUUCAUUGCACCAACUUCUCUGGUGUGGGGCGCCCCGGCCUGGGCCUCCUCUCCUCACUGUCUGCCACCGCUGCAAGGGGAGGCCUGCCCAGGGUAUUCUGGGGCAGCUUCCGGGGGCCCAAGGGGUCGGGCGAGGGGCCGACGAAGCCGCCCCGAGCUCUGGCCAAAUGCACAAAGCCUCCGGGAACAAGGGAAGAGACAUUCCUCUCCAGCCUUGGUGAUGGCACGACCCUUCCAAACAUCCGCCUUCACGCCAGCCACUGAUCUUAGUACGGUUGAUCCAUUGUAACUCCAUGUAUAAUUAUAUUCUAUACAUUUUUUACCAGCUGUUCCAUGACACUUCAGCCUGUUCUAUAUUCGAGGUCACUUCUCUGAAUUACGCUAGUCUUUAUAACCUCUCUUAGAGCAAAGUGAAAAUGUAUCUAUGCAAGCGAGAAACAGAAAGGAAGCCCUGUGGGCAGCGACGUCAGCGGGUGCCUCGGGGAGCUCCCGCCCGGAGGGCUGGUCGGCUGCCCUUGGAGGCCUCAUCCGCUGGAGCCGGGUUCUGUCUUGUCCAGGGCCUUUCUGUAUCCCUUGAGCGAUUGAUCAAUAAAUAAUCUGUUUCGUUA